AUGAUUUUUUCAUUGGAUGAGGAACUUCAUCGUAUGUCACUAGAUGACAAGAAGAAUGAGAUGAGAAUAGAUUAUCCGACAGCGUUAUAUGAUGAUAAUGACAGCAGCGCCAUCGCAGACGGGGAUGAUAAUAAUCAUCUCAGCGUCCAUUCAAACUCCAUUCCGUUCAGCGGUUCUACCCAUAAAAUGAGGAGGAGGUCUUCUGCUUAUUCCAAGUUCCCCAUUCUCACCCCACCUCAUACAAGAAGGUUUUCCAUCACAGGUUCAGACGGCACGCCAAAUGGAAUGCACAAAUUAUCUAUUACACCACAGAAUAUGAUUUCUCCUAAUAUUAACGAAAAUGAAGUGUCAAGAAAUUUACAUGAUUUUAAACCUGUAAGAGUAUUAGGCCAAGGUGCUUAUGGUAAAGUUAUUCUUGUCAAGGACACAAAUACAUCCAAACUCUAUGCGAUGAAGCAACUACAGAAAGCUGAAAUUUUGAUUUCUCCUACAAUAACAGAUUCCAAUAAAGAAAAUGAAGAAAAUAAUAGUGCUGGUAACAACGACAACGAUAACGGAUUAUCAAAGAGGCUGGAGAGAACUUUUGCCGAACGGUCCAUUUUAUCUGAAAUAGAACAUCCCAACAUUGUUAAAUUAUUUUAUUCUUUCCACGAUAACUCCAAACUAUAUUUAUUGUUACAAUAUAUUCCCGGAGGUGAACUAUUUUACCAUUUAAAAGAACAUGGAACUCUAGAUGAAACGACAGUGUCGUUCUACGCGGCUGAGAUCAGUUGUGCUUUGAGAUUUCUGCACACUAAAGGUGUUGUUUAUAGAGACCUGAAACCCGAAAAUUGCCUAUUAAAUCAAAAUGGCCAUUUGGUGUUAACAGAUUUUGGCCUCAGUAAGAAAAGUGCCAAUGAUUCCAUGACUAGUGAGGAGGAUCCAGAAAACGUCAAUACCUUACACUCAAUUAUCGGUACUCCGGAAUAUUGUGCUCCUGAGAUAUUAUCGGGCCAAGCAUAUACUCAAAACUGCGACUGGUAUUCCCUGGGAUGUCUGUUAUAUGAUAUGCUAGUCGGAAAGCCUCCAUACACAGGUAAUAAUCACAAGGUGAUUAUUAAUAAAAUCCAACAAAAUAAGCAAGGCCCAAAAAUCCCUUUCUAUUUAAGCGAAGGAAUGAAAGAUAUGUUAAAUGCACUGUUGAAAAAGGAAACCACUAAGAGGUGGAAUGUUGAUAAAUACUGGGCCAAAAUUGAGACGAAUAACAAAACAACUAAAUCCAAGAAGAAAAAAUCAGGGAGUGUUAGAACAAGCCCCUUCACAGACCAUUUUAUCUUUAGGAAAAUAGACUGGAAACUACUAGAAUCCGGACAAUCACAAAAAACUACUCUGGGGCCCAUUGUCCCCAUCAUUACAAAUCUAGAACUAGCAGAAAAUUUUGACACAGAGUUCACCUCGAUGUCAUAUGAAGAGAAUUAUGCUGACAGCAAACCGAUUAAUAUCAGCUCGGUGAGCAAGUCUCCAGAUAUGUUCAAGGGGUUUAGUUAUAAGGCAAGUGGUAGCUAUUUGGAGAAAUACUUUUAA